ACUUCCGGCUCCGCUGCUCUCUGUGUUGGUGCUGCAGGCCGGGUUGAGAGGCUGCCGGUCUGAGUGUCCUCGCGGUUGGUCAGUGUGAAGCUGUGACAGCUGCAGUUGCUCCCCGCCCCCGAGGAUCCGAGGUGCGUGGGGGGAGGGGAAGAAGGAAAAGGCCCAGGUCGCGUUUCCGCUCACUUGGUGCCCGGUUUGAGGCGAUUCCAGAGAGCCGCGGCAGGGAUAAUCCUCGACGUGAGAGCCGCCGAGUUCCCCGCAGACAGGAGUAUAGCAUGGCUCAAGAAUCUCCCAAAAAUUCAGCAGCAGAAAUUCCAGUGACUAGUAAUGGAGAAGUUGAUGACUCUCGUGAACAUGGCUUUAAUAGGGAUUUGAAGCGUUCAUUACCAGCUGGACUUGGUCUCUCAGAAACCCAAAUUACAUCUCAUGGCUUUGACAAUACCAAAGAGGGGGUUAUUGAAGCAGGAGCAUUUCAAGGUUCCCAAGCACCACCAUUGCCAUCUGUUAUGUCUCCUAGCAGGGUUGCAGCUAGUCGACUGGCUCAACAAGGAAGUGAUUUAAUUGUUCCUGCAGGUGGCCAGAGAACACAGACCAAAAGUGGACCAGUUAUUCUAGCAGAUGAAAUAAAAAAUCCUGCAAUGGAAAAGUUAGAGCUUGUUAGAAAAUGGAGUCUAAACACCUACAAGUGCACUCGGCAAAUUAUCUCUGAGAAGCUAGGCCGUGGAUCGAGAACUGUGGACCUUGAACUUGAAGCUCAGAUUGAUAUAUUAAGAGAUAACAAGAAAAAAUAUGAAAAUAUUUUAAGACUGGCUCAGACAUUGUCAACCCAGCUUUUCCAGAUGGUGCACACCCAAAGGCAACUUGGAGAUGCAUUUGCUGACCUGAGUUUGAAGUCACUAGAACUACAUGAAGAAUUUGGCUAUAACGCAGAUACCCAGAAGCUACUGGCUAAAAAUGGAGAGACUCUUCUUGGAGCCAUUAAUUUUUUCAUUGCCAGUGUGAACACUUUGGUGAAUAAAACAAUUGAAGACACAUUAAUGACUGUGAAACAAUAUGAAAGUGCCAGGAUUGAAUAUGAUGCAUAUCGCACUGAUUUGGAAGAACUGAAUCUUGGACCACGUGAUGCCAACACUCUGCCAAAGAUUGAGCAGUCACAGCAUCUGUUUCAAGCACAUAAGGAAAAAUACGAUAAAAUGCGUAAUGAUGUUUCUAUCAAGUUGAAAUUUCUAGAAGAAAAUAAGGUUAAAGUGCUGCACAAUCAGCUGGUCCUUUUCCACAAUGCCAUUGCCGCUUACUUUGCCGGGAAUCAGAAGCAGCUUGAACAGACACUUAAACAGUUCCAUAUCAAAUUGAAAACCCCUGGAGUGGACGCCCCAUCUUGGCUUGAAGAACAGUAAAAUCACACCCGGG